GCUGAUGUGAAUCCGACGGCCUAUCCCCUGGCAGAUGCUUUCCUCACCAAGAAGCUGCUGGACCUUGUGCAGCAGUCCUGUAACUAUAAGCAGCUUCAGAAAGGAGCCAAUGAAGCCACCAAAACCCUCAACAGGGGCAUCUCUGAUUUCAUUGUGAUGAUCACAGCAGACUCUGAGCCCUUGGAGAUCAUCCUGUACCUCCCACUGCUGUGUGAAGGCAAGAAUGUCCCCUAUGUAUUUGUGCGCUCCAAGCAGGCCCUAGGACAGGACUGUGGGGUAUCUAGACCUGUCAUCAUCUGUUCUGUUACCAUCAAUGAAGGCUCUCAGCUACAGCAGCAAAUCCAGUCCAUUCAGCAGUCCACUGAGAGGCUCUUGGUGUAG